AUGCCUUCCAUAAGACUGUUUUCAGGAUUGUAAAAAAUCUCCCCGUAUCAUGGCUCACGUGAGACAUUUUCGGACACUUGUUUCGGGAUUUUACUUCUGGGAAGCAGCACUGUUACUCAGUUUGGUUGCCACAAAGGAAACAAAUAGUGCCAGAUCUCGAACUACUCCAAUGUCACCUUCUGACUUUCUGGAUAAACUGAUGGGGAGGACAUCAGGGUAUGAUGCAAGAAUAAGACCGAAUUUCAAAGGCCCUCCAGUCAAUGUCACAUGCAACAUAUUCAUAAACAGCUUUGGCUCAAUUGCAGAGACAACCAUGGAUUACAGAGUGAAUAUCUUUCUGCGUCAGAAAUGGAAUGAUCCUCGCCUGGCAUACAGUGAAUACCCUGAUGAUUCGUUAGACCUCGACCCUUCCAUGUUGGACUCCAUUUGGAAACCUGAUUUAUUCUUUGCCAAUGAAAAGGGUGCCAACUUUCACGAAGUCACGACAGAUAACAAAUUGCUGAGAAUUUUCAAAAAUGGAAAUGUUCUUUAUUCGAUAAGACUGACAUUAACACUUUCCUGCCCAAUGGAUCUCAAGAAUUUUCCCAUGGAUGUACAAACAUGUAUAAUGCAACUAGAAAGCUUUGGGUACACAAUGAAUGAUCUCAUUUUUGAAUGGCAAGAUGAAGCUCCUGUACAAGUGGCAGAAGGGCUCACUUUGCCCCAGUUUCUGUUAAAAGAAGAAAAGGAUUUACGAUAUUGUACUAAACAUUACAACACAGGGAAGUUCACGUGUAUAGAAGUACGAUUCCAUCUUGAGCGACAAAUGGGGUACUACCUGAUCCAGAUGUACAUUCCCAGCCUCCUCAUUGUCAUUCUGUCCUGGGUUUCAUUCUGGAUUAACAUGGAUGCAGCUCCAGCCAGGGUGGCACUGGGAAUAACCACAGUGCUGACCAUGACCACGCAGAGUUCAGGGUCACGGGCUUCUUUACCAAAGGUUUCAUAUGUCAAAGCCAUUGAUAUAUGGAUGGCAGUUUGCCUCCUCUUUGUGUUUUCAGCCCUUCUGGAAUAUGCAGCUGUAAAUUUUGUAUCAAGGCAGCACAAGGAACUUCUAAGAUUUCGACGAAAGAGAAAGAAUAAGACAGAAGCUUUUGCACUGGAGAAGUUUUACCGUUUCUCAGACACGGAUGAUGAGGUAAGGGAAAGUCGAUUCAACUUCACGGUCUAUGGGAUGGGACCAUGUCUACAAGCAAAAGAUGGCAUGACUGCAAAGGGCCCAAACCAUGCUGUUCAGGUAAUGCCGAAGAGUCCUGACGAAAUGAGGAAGAUCUUUAUUGAUCGGGCCAAGAAGAUCGACACCAUCUCCAGAGCCUGCUUCCCGUUAGCCUUUUUGAUUUUUAAUAUUUUCUACUGGGUUAUCUACAAAAUCCUUAGGCAUGAGGAUAUUCAUCAGCAACAAGAUUAA